AUGGGACCACUGCCAAAGGUACGGUUGACACCAUUCGUUCGGCCGUUUACUUACGUCGGCGUCGAUUACAUGGGACCUUUCGAAGUCAAAGUCGGACGCAGCGUGGUGAAGAGGUGGAUUUGCCUGUUCACCUGUCUCACAGUGAGGGCGGUUGACCUGGAGCUGGUACACAGCCUUUCAACGACUUCCUGCGUGGUGGCCUUCAGGAGAUUAGUGGCCCGGUGGGGCGCACCGUUGGAAGUCUUUUCCGAUAACGGCACGAACUUUGUAGGAGCGAAUCGCCAGUUGUCUGAAGAGAAGCAGAAGAUCCAGGACAUCGUCGAGGACUGCGCUGCCACAUUCACCAACGCGAACACCCAGUGGCAUUUCAACGUUCCAGCGGCUCCGCACAUGGGAGGACCAUGGGAGCGUAUGGUCAACUCCGUAAAGGUAGCGAUGAAGGCAGUAUCGAAUAGUCCGCGUCAUCCAAGCGAUGAGGUGUUGGAAACGAUCAUGUUGGAGGCUGAAGCGAUCGUCAACUCGCGACCGCUGACCUACGUUCCCUUGAAGGCAGCAGACGAAGAGGCACUCACGCCAAACCACUUUCUGCUGUAUGGGUCAACCGGUAUCAAGCAACCAGCAACCGAACCUGUGAACGGUAAGAUCCUUCGAGACAGCUGGAAGCUUGCGCAGCACAUCGUGGACGAAUUCUGGCGCAGAUGGGUACGAGAAUAUCUCCCAAUGCUAACGAGGCGUACGGAAUGGUUCGAUGCAGUGAAGCCGCUGGAACCUGGCGAUCUAGUCGUGAUAGUCGACGAAAAUUCGAAGAAUCAUUGGGAGCGAGGACGUAUUUGUGAGACCUUUCCGGACAAAUCUGGGCAGGUGAGGCGUGCUACGGUACAGACAGCUAGAGGAGUGUUCGCUAGACCUGCGGUGAAGCUGGUGGUUCUGGACGUGGCGAGCAACGACAGGAGUACGGAAGCAGUCGCUUCGGAAACGGAAGUUGUUCACGGGUUGGGGGAUGUCGCCGAUACCCCUCGACGCGGCGAAUUGUGGGUGAACCAACUGACCGAACCCUCGCGAGCAAAACGCCAGUGCCGGGCGAAGCGAAUGACAGAUUGA